UUCGAGCUUCAAACCUACAAGAAUUUUGCAUCAACACCCGUUGCUGGAAGAGGAGCCUCUACACGCUCUCGACUGUCAACGCUCUCUUCUGGUCAGACUUGUCUGGGCCAAUUGGUCUUAAUUCGACUCUUCUUACCCUUACCCCGCCAUCCUCACCGCACAGCCCACCAUGUGUGGAAUCGUUGGUUGUCACCAUGUGCCCGACGCAAAGGCGUUCAAGCCUACGGCUUUGAAAAUGGCCAAGCAAUGUCGGCAUCGUGGUCCAGACUGGUCGGGAUCCUAUUUGGCAAACAACACCAUUCUUGUCCACGAGCGCCUGAGCAUUGUGGGCGUUGACAGUGGAGCGCAACCACUUACCAACGAGGAUGAAAGCAUCGCCCUUGCAGUCAACGGCGAGAUAUACAACCACAGACUCGUGCGAAAGGGACUCAAGACCCCAUACCACUUCAAGACUCAUUCAGAUUGCGAAGUCAUCAUUCCACUGUACAUGGAGUUUGAUACUGGUGCGCCAAAGCACCUCGAUGGCAUGUUCUCCUUCGUCCUCUACGACAAGAAACAGGAUCGAACCAUUGCGGCAAGAGACCCCAUCGGAGUCACGAGUUUCUACAUGGGAUGGUCAAGCAAGAUGCCAGAGGCUAGAUUCUUUGCCUCGGAACUGAAGUCCUUACAUUCAGUUUGUGACAAGAUCAUUUCCUUCCCGCCAGGUCACGUCUAUGACUCAAAGACAGACAAGACCACCAGGUACUUCGAACCUUCGUGGUGGGAUCCUACCAACGUCCCUACUACCCCAGUCGAUUACAAGCUCAUCCGGAGAACAUUCGAAAAGUCAGUCCGAAAGCGUCUUAUGGCUGAGGUUCCAUACGGAGUGCUGCUGUCGGGUGGUCUGGACUCUAGCUUGGUCGCCUCGAUCGCUCAGAGGGAGACAUUACGCCUCAAAGCUGCAGCCCUGAAGCAACUCAGCAGUGGAGAAACCAAGGCAGAGGAGAACGAAGAUGCAGGAGAGGGUCUUGUUGGAAUUGAUGACGAGAACAAGCUCUCAACCUUAACAUAUUUGCCACAACUUAACUCUUUCUCAAUUGGACUUCCAGGUUCUCCCGACACCAAGGCCGCAAUCGAGGUUGCUAAGUUUCUCGGAACAAAGCAUCACGAUAUGACUUUCACGAUCGAGGAUGGUUUGAACGCUUUGUCUGAUGUUAUCUAUCAUUUGGAGUCAUAUGAUGUUACCACAAUCCGUGCCUCGACCCCUAUGUUCUUGCUGUCGAGAAAGAUCAAGGCUAUGGGUGUGAAGAUGGUUUUGAGUGGUGAGGGAAGUGAUGAAAUCUUUGGUGGCUACCUAUAUUUCCAUGCUGCGCCAGACAAGGAGGCUUUCCACGCGGAAACUGUUCGCAGAGUCAAGAACUUGCACUUGUCUGAUUGUCUACGAGCCAACAAGUCAACUUCUGCUUGGGGUCUCGAGGCUCGUGUUCCUUUCCUUGACAAGGAGUUUUUGGAAGUAGCAAUGAACAUUGAUCCCAAGGAGAAGAUGAUCACUAAGGACCGAAUUGAGAAGUACAUCCUCCGAAAAGCUUUCGAUACAUCGGAUGAGCCUGAAGAGAAGCCAUACCUCCCAGAUCACAUCCUUUACAGACAAAAGGAGCAAUUCAGUGAUGGAGUUGGCUAUGGAUGGAUUGACGCCUUGAAGGAUAACGCUGAACUACACGUUACUGAUGAGAUGAUGAAGAACCCGAAGCCAGAAUGGGGCAAUGACAUUCCCGACACAAAGGAGGCUUACUGGUAUCGCCUAAUGUUCGAUGAGCACUUCCCACCAUACUGCGCAGAGACUGUCUCGCGAUGGACCCCCACCUGGUCGAAGCAGACUGAUCCCAGUGGAAGGUCCAAUCUAGGGCUACUUCUCUUGAAAGGGCGUUGA